UGAAGGCGGCGCCGCGCGGCGCGGGAGGCGGGCGGGGCGCGGGGCUGCGGUGCCCAGAGGCUGCGGCACUAGGGGCUCGGCGCCCCCGACCUUCCGCGUCCCGGGGUGGCGGCGGCGGCGGCGGCGCGGGCGGCAUAUGAUGCUGAGCUGGCUGCUCCAGAAUGAACCACAGCUCUGAGAAGGGGAAGUAGAAACAGCUGGCGCCCUGCCAUGGCCUGUGAACCACAGGUGGACCCGGGGGCCGCUGGCCCAUUGCCCCCCUCCUCCCCUGGCUGGAGUGCCCUGCCUGGAGGGAGCCCUCCCGGCUGGGGGCAAGCUGCCAUAGAGAAUAUGCCAAAAUAUCCAGUCCUCAGCAGUGCAUGGCUGAAACCUGGGAUCCUAGAAUCCCAGGGCUGGAAUCUCUCCCACCCCCCAGACCUCCUGGCUGCUGACCAGUGGCUCACAGGGCCUUGUACUGUGGUGCAAGGAGAUCUCGAUCCUUUUGUCCAGUUUCUCUACUUGGAACUGCAGGCAGAGCUCCACAAUGGCCAGGUCCUCACUGUUCUCCGGAUUGACAAUACCUGUGCACCCAUCUCCUUCGACCUGGGAGCCGCAGAAGAGCAACUGCAAACUUGGGGCAUCCAGCAGGUCCCGGCCGACCAGUACAGGAGCUUGGCUGAGAGUGCCCUCUUGGAGCCCCAAGUGAGAAGAUAUAUCAUCUACAACUCGAGGCCUAUGCGGCUGGCCUUUGCCGUGGUUUUCUACGUGGUGGUGUGGGCCAAUAUCUACUCUACCAGUCAGAUGUUUGCCUUGGGGAACCACUGGGCUGGCAUGCUGCUCGUGACCCUGGCCGCGGUGAGCCUGACCUUGACUCUUGUGCUGGUCUUUGAAAGACACCAGAAGAAGGCCAAUACCAACACGGACCUGAGGCUGGCAGCUGCCAAUGGAGCCCUCCUGAGACACCGGGUGCUGCUGGGGGUGACAGACACAGUGGAAGGAUGCCAGAGUGUGAUUCAGCUUUGGUUUGUCUACUUCGACCUGGAGAACUGUGUGCAGUUUUUGUCUGAUCAUGUUCAAGAAAUGAAGACUAGCCAAGAGUCCUUGCUGAGAAGCAGAUUGAGCCAGUUGUGUGUUGUCAUGGAGACUGGGGUGAGCCCUGCAACAGCGGAGGGGCCUGAGAACUUGGAGGAUGCUCCUCUCCUGCCCGGCAAUUCUUGCCCUAACGAGAGGCCACUCAUGCAGACUGAGCUUCAUCAGCUUGUUCCUGAGGCUGAGCCGGAGGAAAUGGCCCGCCAGCUGCUGGCAGUGUUUGGCGGUUACUACAUCCGGCUUCUAGUGACCUCCCAGCUCCCUCAGGCAAUGGGGACACGACACACGAACUCUCCGAGAAUUCCAUGCCCCUGCCAGCUCAUAGAAGCCUACAUCCUAGGCACAGGGUGCUGCCCGUUCCUGGCGAGGUGACCUAGGGAUGAAGGUACUCAUCUUCCUUCAAGACUGAGCAGUCAGGAAGGCUUCAGGAGCCCAAGAUGGCCAAUGGGGAGCCCCAGGUGAGGAGAGAAGCAUCUGGGGGCACUCCAAAAGGGGCCUGUGAUGUCAGCCACUGGGGUGUUGUGCUCACUUCAGGGCCCAGCACAAAAAUCCUUGUUUGACAUCUCAUGCUGACCCCCUGGCCUUUGCAGAAGCUGAUGGUUACAGAGCUAGUCCCACCAAAGCUACUCUCUCUGCUGCUUAGAACUGUGGACACGUAUGGAAAGACUGGACCCCCAUUGCUUUCAUUGUUCAGAGAACCCAGGAGACAUGAAGAUGACCAGACUGGGCAAAUUAUGUGUCCAAAACUUGGCCUCAGAUGAUGUUUCCAUCUCCAACCCCUUCAUGCCAGAUGGGGAAACUGAGGCUCAGAGAGGAUACUGCUCUAUGUGGCAUUGCCUUGAACCCCUAAAAUUAUCAGACUGCCUUUUUCCAAUAUAAAGAAAAAAAGUAAGUUUUCAGAAUUCUCUCAAUUUUUAAGUUUUUCUCCCCCAUAUUUUGUGAAAAGCAGUGGUAUGUGUAUGUGUUGUCUACCAGUACACAGGCUGCAGAAGACAGAGACAGAAGAAAGAGAUCAAGGGCAGAUAACUGUUGAUAGGAAUAUUUGAGAAAGAUUGAUCCUGUUUGACUUGAGGACUUAUUUUGUUCACAGGCAUGCACGCUUGUGGUUGUGGUUUUAUAUUACAGAUGUAGAACAACGGUUAUGUUUCCCGACAUGAACAUUGUCCUGGAAUGAAGCGUGAUCAGCCACUUGUGGAAUUCUUUGAAGAGCUCAGAGGCUUCCAAGUGAUCUGCUCCUGAACAAGUUUGAAGACCUAUUGUUUCAUAGACCCAAGACCAAACGCAUCUAAAGGAUCCCCAGCCCCCAAGACCUAGCCUUUGUCUGCGAUUUUGGCUUCAUCUCCCACAAAACCCCUUUAUGAGUUCACGCUCUUUCCUGGACUGACUUACCUAUUCCUUUCCAUUUGUUGGACUCCUAUUCAUGCUUCAAAGUCCAGCUUUCUGAAGCCCUUCUUUAGGAAGCCUUCCCACACAGCCAACCCUGCUGCUCUCUGCCUCCUUUAAAUUCUUGAUACAGCUGCUGCUUGUUCUGAUGUUUUAUGGUAUUGAUUCUGUUUUCCUGUGUAUAUGCCAGUUUUUCUAGCUAGACUGUAAACUCCUUAAGGACAGAGACUACACCUUGUACUUUUUGUGCAUGACCUGGACCUGCUAAGGAAAAAAAAAAAAUCCUGUGGAUUGAUUGCUUUGCCAUCCCCACAGCAGCUUUUGCAAAUUGCUUUCCAAACUCACUUGAAUGAUGACAUUGCUAUGGACCUGGGUUCUGGACCUGAUCUGCCACUUCAAGCUGUGUAAUUUUUGGCAAGUUGCUUUCUUUGCCUGGUCCUCAGUUUGCCCAUCAAUAUAAUGGGUGGAUUGGAUGAUUUUUUUUUUUUUUUUUAAUUGAGAUGGAGUCUUGCACUGUCACCCAGGCUGGAGUGCAGUGGCGCGAUCUUGGCUCACUGCAACCCCCGCCGCCUAGGUUCAAGUGAUUCUCAUGCCUCAGCCUCCCAAGUAGCUGGGACUACAGGUGUGCACCACUACUCCUGGAUAAUUUUUUGUGUUUUUAGUAGAGAUGGGGUUUCGCCAUGUUGGCCAAGCUGGUCUUGAACUCCUGACCUCAGGUGAUCCACCCGCCUCAGGCUCCCAAAGUGCUGGGAUUACAGACGUGAGGCACCACAACCGGCCUGGAUGAUUCUUAAGGGCCCUUCUAGGACCAAAGUUCUGGGAAUUUCUAGCUUAUUCUGCCCCCUCGUAGCCCUUGGCCUAUCUAUCUUUAUCCACAUGCAGAAACAUCUGGCAACCCCACAUGGCUGAGAUGACCUGGUCCUAGGACACCCUUGGACAGAAGACUGGCAUACCUAGCAGACCUGGAUUUUUCUUCCUGAUCUGCUGCUUCCAAGUUGUGUGACCUUGGCUAAGUCACUUAACCUUUCUGAUUGUCAUUUCGCUUUUUAAUAAAGUGGGUCUGGUGAACAAGAAAUGUAAUAAACACGUGGCUUGCCAUUCAAGAGAUGAGUCUGACCAUUCACUUUCUGUGUGCCAGAGAAGAGAGAUCAUGGGUAUAGACCAGCCCCUGGAAAGGCUGCUUUGGUCAAGGCUGAGAGCAGCUUUGCUCAAGGAAAUUAUUCACGAAGGUGACCACUGUCUUUCUGACCUGGCACAGAGGAAAUGUUGGCUGUGAAUGUGACCAAUAGAAAGAAGCCCGUAUUUCUCAGUCAGUCCUAGAACCCCGGUAAGUAAUUAACAGAGAAUAAAAAUGUGUUUGUUAAAUGACAAA